GAACGAAAGCUGAAAUUUGCCAGAAGAAUACGAACGAUUCGGAACAAUGGCUCCUGCUCUGUUCACCCUGACGGCUCUGCUGAUUCUCCAUUCUUCCUGGGCAUCGCAGCAAUACCCAGAACGAAAUCCAGCGCUUCAAGAGUAUCAGAAUCAAUCCCCGGUUUUUCCUUUGAAAGAGGACUGGUACUUGCUGUACAGGAACUUCAGGAUAGAUCCAUUGUUCGGGGGCGCAGAGAAAUGCCUGAGAUUCGCCGAGGCGGAACCUGGAGUAAACGGCACUUACCCUGUGUUUGUUCGCUACACUCCAAGCCAUUCUAUCGCUAUAACGGCGACCCCCAGCUCAACCAUAGGAUACAACCUCCAUAACGCUGCGGAUUUUGGUCCUCGAGGUUUUGACAUGUUAUCUGCCACGGCGUACUCGGCAUACACCGACGCCGAGAAGUGUGAAGUACUCCGAUUGCCAUACGCAGGCGCCAAUGCAUGUGGACUCUUCGUUCCCAAGAGUCAACUGGGAAGUACCGCCACCUGCUGCCAUUUCAUCUUCGAUCUCCUCUGCGGUACCCAGGACAAGUACAUGGUCUACGACCCCAGCUGCCCGUAGUAGUGGCUUUGAGCAACACCACCUAUAGAGUAAUCAAAGCGAGCGUACUAAAUUUUUGACGUCCACAGUGAGACUGAGGGAAGACACAGAUGGAACACAAGUGCUGCGCAAGCGUUCGGCUUUGACUCUUGUCCAAUCAACGCGUCCAAGGACGUUGCAACGGGUUCGGGUCCAAUCGCUGAGUUGGUACCAUUCGACAGUGAUCAAGUUCCAUGGAAAAAGAGAAGGAUGUUCGCAGGCUUUGAUUAUUCAAUGGUGUUAGGUGUUGUCUUUAGGCUGCCUGUAGCAGCGUCUUUGUUGCGAUUACAUUGAGCGCUGGCUAAACACAGGGGUGGUGGUUGGUGAAGGGUAUAGUUGCAUCCCGCGCAAGUUGUAAACGUUGGUAAUAAAAAACUUUAGUGGACUCUGCA